AUGUUACUAAUAACAUGCUAUCUUCUACUUUCGACUGUUUUUGUAAUAGCAGUUGAUUCAUCAUCGUUUGUUAAAGUGAAAAAUGGUCGUUUGUAUUUGGACAAUCAUGACUAUUUCUUUGUAGGCACCAAUUUUUGGUAUGGUGCUAAUUUGGCAUCAGUUGGCACUGGAGGCAACCGCAUGCGUUUAAUACGUGAACUCGAUCAUUUACAUGCAUUAGGUGUGAACAAUCUGCGUGUACAAGCAGGUAGUGAAGGACCCGACACAGAGCCGUGGCGUAUCAUUCCUUCCAUGCAGCCUUCUCCCGGAAUAUACAAUGCUGAUGUGCUCGAUGGGCUCGAUUUUCUUUUGUAUGAAAUGAGUAAACGUCAGAUGCGAGCUGUCAUGUGCUUGAAUAAUUUCUGGCAUUGGUCAGGCGGCUUUGCUCAAUAUGUAGUAUGGGCUAAUGGAAUGGCAACAGCAAUACCCUAUCCGGGUAGUUACGAACAAUUCGAAAUCUUUUCAGCACAAUUCUACGGACUAACAAAAGCCACGGAACUGUUUGACAAUCAUAUUCGAUUCUUAUUAUCGCGUACAAAUCGAUACACAAAUGUCGCCUAUACAAAUGAUACAACUAUUCAAGCAGUAUCAAUUAUGUUAGACAAUAAAGUCUUGCAUGGUUGGCUUUGGUAG